CAGGCCACUGCUACAGGAGUGUACACUCGCCUGCUACAGACUGCUCUCAGCCAUGACACAGGCGGUUCCUCCGAUCCUCUCCAUCACCCCGAGUCGGGCUUUGGUUGAUGAGAAAUUUCAAGUGUUGGUGGAGAAUCUUCCUCCAGGAUGUCCGGUAACCCUCCACUCCCUCCACCACUCUGAGGACAAGGACGACUGGGAGGCAUAUGGUCACUACGUCAGCGACCACAGAGGCGUCGUAUCAGUUACCGAGGAUUUGAGUUUUGGAGGCACGUAUACGGGAAAAGAGCCCAUGGGCUUGCUGUGGAGCAUGCGGCCGGUCCCAGGCAGCCGCGAAGGCCUCAGGUUAAGGAAGAUAAACGUGUGCACACCAAUGCUGGUCAACAUCUCAGUCCACAGUGGACACGAGGACUUCAGGGACCGGACCCCUCUGGCAUCAGCACUCGCAGAAAGAUGGUACAUGGCUCCUGGUGUCAAGAGAAUUGAUAUUAAUAAGCAAGGAGUGCAGGGGACCCUGUUUAUACCACCAGGUCCUGGACCCUUCCCUACGCUGCUAGACAUGUGGGGAGGCGGUGUAGGGCUGCUGGAGUAUCGCUCUGCCUUGUUGGCAUCUCGUGGUUACGUUUCUUUCUCGCUGGAUUACCUAAGGUCUGAACACCUGUCAGCAGAUGUAGAGUUUAAGUACUUCGAGACAGCAUUUAACAUUAUUAGGAACCAUCCUCAAGUGAUACCAGACAGAGUUGGAAUUCUUGGUAUUUCCCUGGGCUCCAUGGUGGCCUUCAACUUAACAGCCUACAGCACCAUUAUUAAGCCUCGCUGCAUUGUUUGCAUCAGCAGCAAUCACUAUCACCCACCUGGGACCACCCUGAAGGCCGGGUUUAAAAUACUAAGCAAGCAUUUUCACAAGGCACAUUUCGAUGAGAACAACUAUAUGAGCUGGAGAAGUUUUGCUCUGGAUCUUAUCGCUGACCCCUCAAACAACGUGGAAGUGGGGAGAAUUAACUGCCCGAUGCUGCUGGUUAAUGGCUGUGACGAUCAGAACUGGCCUACAGUGGAGACAGCGGAGGAGGUUAGUGAUGCUCUAAGACACGGGUCUCAAACCCGUGGCCUGGGGUCCACUUAUGGCCCACGUCAUCCCUGCUUGCAGGCCGUAUAUUGA